CAAAAAGGAAGCAGCGACCAAAGUAGCUAGUAAAAUUACUUGCUGAAUUGCAGAACUAGUUUCUGGAUCUAGAGCAGAGGAGCUGCAAACUUUUCGGGUGAAAAAAUUGCAUAUCAUGAAAAAGAAUGUCACUGAUUGACAGAUGAUUACCUUAGGUUUUUAGCCAGCAAGCCCAAGGUCAAGGAAGAAAUGAACAGAACCUUACUUCUAAACUCAUGGUCUGUACACCAACAUGAUAUGCUGGAAAACGUUACCACAUUGGUAAACAGCAAUGCUUCAGAAUGUUUAGCGGAUGAAAGAACUUUAGGUGUUGCAUUAGCAGUGGUGUAUACCAUUAUUUGUAUUGUUGGACUCUUAGGAAAUGCUUUGGCCCUGUAUGUUUUUCUCUUUAUUCACAGAAAAAGAAACACAGUGCAAGUUUACCUUCUUAAUGUGGCAAUUGCCGACCUUCUACUGAUUUUCUGCCUACCCUUUCGGAUAACGUAUCACCUUUCACAGAACAACUGGAAAAUGGGUCUAAUAUUUUGUAAAAUCAUUGGAAACCUAUUUUACAUGAACAUGUACAUAAGUAUUGUGCUUUUAGGGCUGAUCAGUAUGGAUCGCUAUGUGAAAGUUAAAAAAUCCCAGCGCUUAAACAAAGUAUCUAAGCGAAUAUGGAGCAUUCGGAUAUGUUGUUUGCUAUGGGUACUUGCAGUUAUAGCAAUCAUAUUUCUCAUAGCUACACAGUCAGGCAAAGAUCAAAACAAUGCAAACAUGUGCUUUCAUUAUAAAGACCGAAAGGAUGAAAUCUGGCAAGCAGGAUUUAAUUACUUUGUUGUGAUGGUGUUUUGGAUGGUCUUCCUCUCUCUCAUACUUUCCUAUGUUAGAAUAGGCAAGAAUCUUAUUAAGAUUUCCAGGGAACGAGCACAUCUACCAAAUUCUGAAAAAUACAACAGUACUGCACAGAAAUCUUUCUUUGUGCUUUUUAUUUUUACAGUGUGCUUUGUGCCAUACCAUACGUUCAGAAUUAUCUACAUUACAUCACAGCUGCAACAGGUGUCCUGUUAUUGGAUUCAAAUAAUUCAUAGAACCAAUGAAAUGAUGUUGGCAUUAUCUGCUCUUAAUAGUUGCUUGGACCCAGUUAUGUACUUUCUAUUAUCGAGCAGCAUACGUAAAGCAGUGUUUCAGCUCAUCUGCAGAGUUAGUCGAGAUACCGGUAGGAGUGAGAGCAACACAUCUGAACUUCAUCAAGGAACUUUUUUGCAAGAAAGUGGUUCUGCUCAUGCUUUUCAUUCUCAUGGUACCAGUGUUACUAAAAUGCACUAUAAAAGGUCAAACAAAAACUAAAAUUCAUAAAGUUUAGAACCUUACAUUUGGGUUUUAAGCAUACAAAUGUCAUAAGACUUGGCUAUGGGCAAAACGCAGAGUGAGGGUCAUGUGUACAUGAAGCACCUAUAAAAGUGCCCAAGCCAGCGCUCUAAAUAUUCAUAUUCUACUUAAAGGGCCACUGAACCCAAAAUCUUUCUUUCAUGAUUCAGAUAGAACAUAUAAAUUUAAACAACAUUACAAUUUACUUCUAUUAUUUAUUUUGCUUCAUUUUUUAGAUAUCCUUAUUUGAAGAAAAAGCAAUGCACAUGGGUGAGCCAAUCACAUGAGACUUCUAUGUGCAGCAACCAAUCAGCAGCUACUGAGCAUAUCUAGAUAUGCUUUUCAGCAAAGAAUAUCAAGAGAAUAAAACAAAUUAGAUAAUAGAAGUAAAUUAGAAAGAUGUUUAAAAAUGCAUUCUCUUUCUAAAUCAUGAAAGAAAAAAUGUGGGUAUCAUGGCCCUUUAAUUAUCUCUCAGUACGCCUUGUCUCUCACUGUGCACAGUGACCAAACAGAUGUGCAUUCUCUACUGUUUCACCUACAAAUGCCGCAUUGCAUGGCUAUAAAUAUAUAAUAUAGUACUUAUUUGUACUACAGAAACCAAGUCAACAGCUUUAGGCCAAAAGCCAUUCUACUACUGCUAAAUUAAAGCAAAGAGAAACAGUUAAUUAGCUUACACCAUGCCAUUAUAGAGAUCAAGGUAAUGAUUCUCUUCCAAUCAAGUGUGCAUCCUCAGAUGUAUAUUACAAUCACUUUCUUAGAUAAAAUAAUCAGUUACAUUUCAGGUGUUUUAAGCAAAUUAAAUCUGUUUAUUUAUAGCCAUAUGCAUGCAAUUGUGUCACCAAAAUAUAUUUAUAUGUUAAAGAACCAUUAAAUACAGUAUAAUUGCAUUACCAACAAGUAUAAUAAAAAGACAAUGCAAUAACAGUCUGAAGUAGUAAAAAAAUGUCAAGCUAGUUCCAUUUCAUUGCCCUCAUAUCAUAAGACAACCUUCAGCCAAUCACAAAACACACUCUUGCACAUGCUCAGUAGGAGCUGGUGCCUCAGAAAGUGUGUAUAUAAAAAGACUGCACAUUUUGAUAUUUGAAGUAAACUGGAAAGUUGUUUAAAGUGCUCUGGAUAAUAAAAGUUUAAUUUUGA